AUGGUUGAACAAAUCCUCGCUUACAUUGAUAAUGCUGAUAAUGAUGCUGAUAUACGAGAAGAACAAGACAACAUUUUCAAUGUACCUGAGAAUACUGAAUUAUCUUUUCAUCAUAAAGUGCAUGCAAUUCUUCAAGAUAUUGACUAUAAUGAUAUGCCAACAUUACUUGAUCAAAUGGAUUCAGGUCCAAUGAGUACAAAUGCUCGUAAAUUAGCUCAAUUUCACAAAGAAAUAAUUCUUUUAAUGCGACAAGAAUUGAUUGAUGAAAAUUUGAUAAUGCGAGCUUCAUACAAUGGCUAUACGUUUCAUAAGUAUCCAGCAAGUGAUUUUCAACGAAAAUCAUUCGAAUAUAUAAAACAAUCAGAUACUUAUAAAUUCAUUGAGAGAAUUAAUGAAAAAAAUCCGAAUGUUAGUCAAAAAUGUUUGCUAAAUACUGUUGAACAAGUGGAAUGUACAUUGAAAGAUUUACUCUCUUCGAAAUUAAUUACCACUCGACAAUAUAUUCACAUGCAUCUCAACCGAUCAUAUGUUCAAUUAAAUUAUUUACAUUUCGUUCCAGAUAUCGUUCAGGGAGAAAUGCUAGUUCGACCAAUUAUCAUAUGUAAAGAUGGAGCGACGAUGAAUAUCACACGUUAUCUUAGUCAUCUCCUUUGGUCAAUCUUCAAUCGAGUGUAUGGUUGCAAGACAUUUUUCAAUGGUGCAGAUGCUGUACAUGCUCUCGAGCAAUAUGUUAAGAAUGGUCAUCUUCAAUCGACAACUUUUCUUGCUACAUUCAAUAUCAAUAAUAUUUGUACACGAUUUCCACAUGAUGAAACCAUCAAAGCAUUAGAGAAUAUUCUCAAUAUUCAUGGUUCUCAACUACAGGAUGAAGUUGGCGAAUGUCUAUCCAAUGUAGUAAUCCUUCAACUCAUUCGUCUUGUAUUAGACAAUCAAUUUUUUGUUUACCAAAACAAACUCUAUCAACAAAUCAAAGGUAGUGCGUCUGGUUCACUAUUAACUAUUCCUUUAGCUUGUAUAUACAUGUUUCAUUGUCAAUCGACAUUCGAGAUGGCUCUCAUAAAUAAUAAGAACAAUGAAUUAUUUGGACGAUAUCGUGACAACUUAUUUCUAACAUGGAAUGGAUCAAAAGAUGAACUUUGCACAUUACUUAAUAUAUCUGACAAUAAACAACAACAUGAACAUAUUCAAAUAAAUCCAAUCAUUGGAAAGAAAGUUCAUUUUCACAAUGUUGAAUUAAGUCAUAACAAUGGUAUUCUUCAUACCAAAAUAUAUCGUGAUCCAACUACGGAUGAAUAUGAAGUACCUAACAAAUUUCAAUAUGGAACAAACAAGGAAUCAAAAUUGAUAGAAGCAGCAUUAAUUUAUGCUAUACGUUGCAGUUCGAUUGAAGCUGAUUUUCAUGAUGAAAUACGUCAUAUUCGAAAAUGUUAUCUUUCAUGUGACUUUUCUACGGAAUUUGUCAGGCAAAAUAUGAUUGAAUUUUUUCAGAAAUUUGAUGUUGGAAAGAUAUGUAAUGGAAAAGUUACCGUACCAUACAAUGAUCUACGACAACGUGUUCUCGAAUACUAUCAAGAACAGUUAACAUUGAAGAAACAACGGCAAAUCGAAAAACAAAAUAUCCUACAUAUUUUAUAUCCUUCACAUUGGAAUUCACAAAUGGUGACCGAUAUCAAGAAUAAUCUUCAAGAAGUUAUUAAAAAUUGUGUAGGUGACAAUGAAGCACAAUCGAGUAUGAAUAAGAUCGAAAUAGUGCCACGUCCAAACUCACCUAUAUCAAUGAAUGAUUAUCUAAUCGAUAAAAAACCAUCUUGUCAUCUUUUGACAUUGUCAGCAAAUGAGAAAAUUAAGGAAUUUAUGUAG